GAGACAAGCGGAGUUCGGCCUUCGGAAAGAGCCCCCGGGCCGAGGCACGGAGAGAGCCGAGCGCCGCAGCCAUGAGCCGAAUAGAGCCGGAGAGACCCGAGUAUGACCGGAGAAGCUCAGGCCGGCCGGAAGAGGAGUCGAGCGCGGCCGGAAGGAACCGAGCCCGUCCGAAGGGAGCGGAGCGCAGCUGGGCUUGGGGCCCGGUGGAUCCCGCGCCAUGGCGGCCGAGGGGACAGCUGUGGCCGGAGGCGGGGCUGUUGGCGGCUGCCUGGCCAAAGACGGCUUGCAGCCGUCUAAGUGCCCGGACACUACCCCAAAACGGCGGCGCGCCUCGUCGCUGUCGCGUGACGCCGAGCGCCGAGCCUACCAGUGGUGCCGGGAGUACUUGGGCGGGGCCUGGCGCCGAGUGCAGCCCGAGGAGCUGAGGGUUUACCCCGUGAGCGGAGGCCUCAGCAACCUGCUCUUCCGCUGCUCGCUCCCGGACCACCUGCCCAGCGUUGGCGAGGAGCCCCGGGAGGUGCUGCUGCGGCUGUACGGAGCCAUCCUGCAGGGCGUGGACUCCCUGGUGCUGGAAAGCGUGAUGUUCGCCAUCCUUGCGGAGCGGUCGCUGGGGCCCCAGCUGUAUGGAGUCUUCCCAGAGGGCCGGCUGGAACAGUACAUCCCAAGCCGGCCAUUGAAAACUCAAGAGCUUCGAGAGCCAGUGUUGUCAGCAGCCAUUGCCACGAAGAUGGCGCAAUUCCAUGGCAUGGAGAUGCCUUUCACCAAGGAGCCCCACUGGUUGUUUGGGACCAUGGAGCGGUACCUAAAACAGAUCCAGGACCUGCCCCCAACUGGCCUCCCUGAGAUGAACCUGCUGGAGAUGUACAGCCUGAAGGAUGAGAUGGGCAACCUCAGUCACUCCUGCUCAGGACCCAUGCUCCCAUACCCCUGCAGGAAGUUACUAGAGUCUACCCCAUCGCCAGUCGUCUUCUGCCACAAUGACAUCCAGGAAGGGAACAUCUUGCUGCUCUCAGAGCCAGAAAAUGCUGACAGCCUCAUGCUGGUGGACUUCGAGUACAGCAGUUAUAACUAUAGGGGCUUUGACAUUGGGAACCAUUUUUGUGAGUGGGUUUAUGAUUAUACUCACGAGGAAUGGCCUUUCUACAAAGCAAGGCCCACAGACUACCCCACUCAAGGAGAGCAGCUGCAUUUUAUUCGCCAUUACCUGGCAGAGGCAAAGAAAGGUGAGACCCUCUCCCAAGAGGAGCAGAGAAAACUGGAAGAAGAUUUGCUGGUAGAAGUCAGUCGGUAUGCUCUGGCGUCCCAUUUCUUCUGGGGUCUGUGGUCCAUCCUGCAGGCGUCCAUGUCCACCAUAGAAUUUGGUUACUUGGACUAUGCCCAGUCUCGGUUCCAGUUCUACUUCCAGCAGAAGGGGCAGCUGACCAGUGUCCACUCCUCAUCCUGACUCUCCACCCUCCCACUCCUUGGAUUUCUCCUGGAGCCUCCAGGGCGGGACUUUGGAGGGAGGAGCAACGGGCAGAAGGCUGUGGGGACUGGGCUGAGCCCCCAAGUGAAACUGAGGUUCAGGAGACCGACCUCUCCCUGAGUUUGAGUAGGUCUCCAUGGCUGGCAGGCCAGAGCCCUGUGCUGUGUAUCUAACACAAUAAACAAACUUCUUCCUUGGCAC